UUGCCGUCUUCCGCCCUACCGCCUCCUCUAUCGCUUCGCACUUCUCCCCGAGACCCAACGUUCCCGCUCUGGAACUUGGCUCUUCUUUUCCUUUUCAAUCAAUGGAGACAGUGGAGGAGCUACCUAGAGGCUAGAAUUGCUAGAUCCAUAGAGAAAAUGGGAAAGCCCCCUCCCUUCAGGCUUUCCCCUCCCACCCUGGUGGAGUUUAACGGGUGUACCUGUGUCAUCAGCAGCUGCCAUCUCACAAUGUUGCGAUCGGCGGCUUUUCCGUCCGGUCUCAAGCCUCGCAGUCAACGUAGUAAGAAAUGGCUCACAGCAACUAUGCUUUCAUGUUGUUGUAUCGGAGUACCAUUCCGAAUUUGUGAGUCCGUGAGGAAACACAUAUCGGUAGUCAAAAUAUUAGUGAUGUGUUAGUGAUGGGAAGGAAGUCAACCGGAUUGAUCCGAGCUUUCCUACGUGCUCCGGUCCAGUCUUGUGUUGCAAGGGGACGAAGUUCGCCUCAUUGCGACACAACCAACCCACAAGGCCAAUCCCACACAUGUUACGUCUUGGGACGAAAAGAUGUGGCCAAUACCGACGAAACCACCAAGUCACUGUGCA